UCCAUCUUCUUUUUUCAAGUUUAGAAACAACUCGCGAGUCAAGUCAAAAUUUUCGCAGUCUGUUAAUCCGCCGGCGGAUUCCGCCGUUUCUCCCACCCCUAAAUGGCGUCGUCCCAGGUCGAGCCGUGCCUGACGUGCUUCCGCAAGACGGACAAUUAUCUGCGCAUCGCGGACGAAACCAACGCCGACGACGUCGAACGGAUCGUGACCACCCACUUUUGGUUUUCGGAUGCCGAAUGUGCGAGCAGUGUGCUGUGCACCAGCUGCUGGGAGAAGAUUGACGAUUUUCACAAGUUUUACUGCGAGGUGAAGCGGUCCCACUCGGAGUUGGCGGUGGAGGUGGAGAUUAAGGUUGAGCCGUUGGAUGUUCCGGUGAAGGUGAAGCGCGAGAAGAUUGCGGACGGGUCGAGCGAUGAGGACGAUGAGAGCGAGGACGAUGAUGAGGAUUACGAUGGGGACCGGGACGUGAAGGAACCGUUUGAUGAUAUUAAGGAUGAGCCGGAAGUGGACUCUGAUUUGAAGGAGGAUGAAGAGGAGGAGGAGGAGGAGGAGGAGAGAGAAGUUGAGGAACCGGUAAAAAAGAAGCGUGGCCGAAAGAGGAAGUUACCUUUGCCUAAGCCGGAGCCGGUGCAUGAUGAUGAGCAAGAGCAAAAUGAAUCGGAUGAGGACUCUGACUGGGAUCCGGCGAGGAAUGAUGACUCUUCCGAUGAGGCACCGAAAAGAACGAGAGCACUGAAAGUGGUCAAGAAACCGAGGAAGAAGUAUGCUCCUAGGAAACCUAAAGAUCCUUCUGAGGUAAAGGUUCCCAAGGAGCGGAAAAAGAGAGAUAUUGCCAAGGAAGACGAGUUCAUCCGAAGAUAUUGUCCAAUCUUUUGUGACAAGUGCAAUUUCAGCUGUGAUACUUUUGCCGAGCUGAAAGACCACACGACCAUGCUGCACAAUUGCAAUCCGCUGGUCGUCUGCUGUGAGCACAAGUUCUACAAGCGGUCCUUCCUCUACCAGCACGCGCAAUAUCACGAAAAUCCCGACAAGUUCAAGUGUCAAACAUGUUCCAAGAUAUUCCACAGCGGGUUAGCGCUUAAACUUCACCUCGAUUACACGCACGUCCCGGAGGAGGACCGGAUCCACAAGUGCGACGAAUGUGGGGCCACCUUUGCCAAGGCCUAUCACCUGACAUCGCACAGACUGAAACACGUCUCGAUUGCUCAAAAGCGCUUCUACUGCGAACAGUGUGACAUUGCUUUCAGAACGAACCAAUCGUAUAAAACGCACCAGCACUCGAAGCACGGUGCAGCGGCCAAGUACGUGUGCGACAUUUGCGCCCGUGGAUUCCGUCAACGGUCCGACCUCGUCACGCACCAGCUCUCGCACAGCGCCGAAGGCCUCGAGCAGCUUAAAAUCCAGUGCGAGCAUUGUCUCAAGUGGAUGAAAAACAAAAAGUCCAUCUGGACUCACCGACGUAUUUGCCAGAGCUCGGGGCCGGUUGCUUGCGAUAUUUGUGGCAAAAUGGCCCCCAACCCGGAGCAGCUGAAAAGUCACAAAAAGUUUAUGCACCAGGAUCAGCGCGUGCACCAGUGCCAGUACUGCGAGAAGGCAUUCAAGCGGCCAAUCGACCUCAAGGAACACGAAACCAUCCACACCGGCGAGGUUCUGUACACGUGCAACUUCUGUCCCAAAACGUUCAACUCCAACUCGAACCUGUACUCGCACCGGCGGAAGAUGCACCCGAUCGAGUACGCCGAGUGGAAGCUGGCCCUGCAGCUCAAGAAGCAACCGGCGGCGGAGACCGCGGCGAUUGCGACGGCGGCCGCAGCCGUGGCCAACUCGAUGGGCGUCGGCGGCGGCGCCGAGUUGCCACCGUUCAAUCCGGCCCUGAUACCGACGAUGGCCGCCGCAUCACAGCUUCACCCUGCGCCGCCAUCGUCGCUGCUUCCAGCGCCACCGCCAUCGGAACAGCAGGGAGCAGGUGGGUUUAUGUAGGCGGACAUCUCAUCAAAAACGACGAUCUGCAGUAGCAACCGCGCUAACCAUUCCGUAAGUAUGACUACUUUUUUGAUUUUUGAAUAAUUGUGUCGAAUGCGUCUCUAGUUGUAACAAGGUCUAUUUAUAAUGGUGAA